AUAUAUACUUGAUGGAGUGAAGUUGUUGAAUAUUUCUGUUCCUUCGUUAGCUGUUAACAAAACAAAAUGAAGUGGUUUGUGAUAUUUGUGUUGUUGAUUAUUGGUGUUUGCUCUGCUGAGGUGUCCGAAACUGGCCCCAAAGGAGCCCUGAGGAAGAUAGUGAAGAGGGCUGUGGGAGACAUGGGAGGAACAUUUUUGGUCCAGACUGAGGCAACAAUAAUCUCCAACUGUAAAGCAAAUGGUCAUCCUGAAGUACAGGAUGAUUUGGAGACUACAUAUAGCCAAAUGAAACGAUGUGCUGGUAGAAAAACGAUAUUCAUUACUCCCAAAGCCGAAUUCCUCGCCAAUUUAGAAGAGUGCAGCAGAGAGGCUAUAAGAAAAACAAGAAACUGUUUAGCCGAGGAUCAAAAAUAUUUCCCAGAAUUCAUUCUGGAUCUAGCUAAGUCUGUUGUUACUUUCAUGUACGAUGACUUCGAUAUAAUGAGACCAAAUUUCUUCCGGCGUCCAAGUGUUUCACCGAAAUGAUCAAGGACAAUUGUCAAGACAGUGAAAAUCUCAGGAAAUUCAGAAAUGACUAUAUAGGAGCCAUGGAAGUUCCUUGUGGAACAAAGGAGUCAUAUUAAUACCCAUUUUUUCAAUAUGAUAUAAUAUAUUUGUAAAAUAAUAUAUUUUCGAAAAUAAA